AUGAAUGCCUAUAACAAACAAGUUGCAUUGAGAGAUUUAAUCUUUGCACAUAAAUGUUGGGCUUGUGGCAUUCAAGAGACAAAGUUAACAAGUUUGUCUAGAUGGUUUGUAUGGCAAUUGUGGUUCAAUGAUGAUUUUGAAUUUGAGUUCAUCCCUUCUCAAGGCAAUGCUGGCAAUAGUGGUGGUUUAUUGAGCAUAUGGGAUUGUUCUUCUUUGGAAUUGUUAGACAAGAGAAUGGGGGUUAACUAUAUAUCUGUUCUGCUGCGAUUUAGAGACACAGGCUUUAAAUUCAUUCUUACUAAUGCUUACUCUCCUUGUGACUACAAUGAGAGGGAGGAAUUCUGGAGAGAUAUGGCGGAAAUAAGGCUGUGGUCAAAUGAAGCGUGGUGUUUGUUUGGUGAUUUGAACGCCGUAAGAAGCGAUGCUGAAAGAAAUAGAGAUGGUGGAGAUGUUAGAAAUAUGGGUUUUUUGAAUGAUUUUAUUAUGGAGCAGGAGCUUGUCGAUCUUCCUCUGAAUGGUGGAGCGUUUAUGUGGAGCAACAAACACAAAGACCCUUUGUUAUGCAGACUUGAUAGGUUCAUGGUUUGCACAACUUUUGACGCAAAAUUCUCUUCGGCCACACAGACUGCUUUGGUAAGGACUGUGUCAGACCAUAAUGCACUUCUCUUUGAGUUAUUUCCUACGAGCCGAAACACCUUUGGUAACGUGGGGAAAGAGGAAGAUGAGCUUACGGAGAAGAUUAACGUGCUGAAUUUGGCGGAAGAGACUGCUAGAUUGCAUUCAACUCAAUUAGAAGAAAGGGUUGAAUUGUUGGUUAAGCUUAACAAUGUUAAACUUACUAGAGCCAGAAUGGCGUUUCAGAGAGCAAAAGUCAAUGGCUUUAAAGAAGGAGAUAGGAAUACAAAGUUUUCCCAUAAAAUGGCAAAUGCAAAACGAAGGAGAAAUUGUAUUACUAAGCUGGAGGUGGCCGGGAGGGAUGUAUUUAAUCAAGAAAUGAUAAAGGAUGAAUUACAACAGUACUAUACAAAUCUAUUUACAGCUACAUCUUCAAUUUCACCUUCUUUUGAUAAUAUGAGCUUUAAGAGAAUUGAAGCGGGGAAGCAAACCUGGUUGGAAAGACCAUUUGAUGAGACUGAAGUAUGGGAGGCUAUUAAGAAAUGUGGAGUUAACAAGGCUCCAGGGCCAGAUGGAUAUAAUGUAGAGUUCUACAAAGCUUGCUGGGACUUUAUCAAGACGGAGAUUAUGGCUGCUAUUAAUGAAUUUCACGGUAAAGAGAAAUUAGAUUGA